AUGUCUGCUCCCGCAUCAAAGUUCAAGGUCGCUGACCUUUCUCUUGCUGCCUUUGGCCGCAAGGAAAUUGAGCUCGCUGAAAAUGAAAUGCCCGGCCUUGUCGCUACCCGCGAGAAAUAUGCUGCCGACCAACCGCUCAAGGGAGCCCGCAUUGCUGGAUGUUUACACAUGACCAUCCAAACUGCUGUCCUCAUCGAAACCCUUACAUUCCUCGGGGCUGAGGUUACCUGGUCAUCUUGCAAUAUUUUCUCUACUCAGGAUCAUGCUGCUGCCGCCAUUGCCGCUGCUGGUGUCCCCGUCUUCGCAUGGAAGGGUGAGACUGAGGAGGAAUACCAAUGGUGUUUGGAGCAACAACUUGUUGCAUUCAAGGAUGGCAAGGGUCUGAACUUGAUCCUCGAUGACGGUGGUGAUCUCACUGCUCUUGUCCACAACAAAUACCCAGAGAUGUUGAAGGGAUGUUAUGGUGUAUCCGAGGAGACCACCACUGGUGUUCACCACUUGUACAAGAUGUUGAAAAACAAGACCCUUCUUGUUCCCGCCGUCAAUGUCAAUGACUCUGUCACCAAGUCCAAGUUCGACAACUUGUACGGUUGCCGUGAAUCGUUGAUUGAUGGUAUCAAGCGUGCCACCGAUGUCAUGAUUGCUGGUAAGGUCGCUGUUGUUGCCGGUUUCGGUGAUGUCGGAAAGGGAUGUGCUAUGGCUCUUCACGGAAUGGGUGCUCGUGUCAUCGUUACCGAGGUCGACCCCAUCAACGCUCUCCAGGCUGCUGUCUCCGGAUACCAGGUCUUGACCAUGGACAAGGCUGCUAGCGAGGGACAAAUCUUCGUUACUACCACUGGAUGCAGAGACAUCUUGGUUGGCUCCCACUUUGAGAAGAUGCCCAAUGAUGCUAUUGUCUGCAACAUUGGUCACUUCGAUAUUGAGAUUGACGUUGCGUGGUUGAAGAAAAACGCCAAAAGCGUACAAAACAUCAAGCCCCAAGUCGACCGAUUCCUCAUGGCAUCUGGCCGCCACAUCAUCCUCCUCGCCGAGGGUCGUCUUGUCAACUUGGGUUGUGCCACAGGUCACUCCUCAUUCGUCAUGUCGUGCUCGUUCACCAACCAAGUUCUUGCCCAAAUCUUGUUGUUUAAAUCUGAGGAUGCUGCUUUCGGCAAGAAGUACAUCGAGUUCGGCAAGACCCAGAAGCUCGAUGUUGGUGUCUACGUUCUACCCAAGAUCUUGGAUGAGACCGUUGCUAAGCUUCACUUGGCUCAUGUCAACGCUGAGCUUACCAAGCUGACCCCAACGCAAGCCGAAUACCUUGGCCUUGAGGUUGCGGGUCCCUACAAGAGCGACAUGUACAGAUACUAG